GCAGUGCUGAGCGGGAGAAUGGAUACCGUAGUUGAGGCUGGAGGUGAGCGCGAGGAGGGUGAGAUUGUAGAGUCGCUGGAGUACGAGGACAUCUCGUCGGAUGAGGAGUUCUCGCUGCGCCUGAGGAUCGAGGAGCUGGAGGCGCGCAACUACGAGCUGGAGCAGAUUGCCAACAUAUCUGGACUCGCCACGAAUCCGUAUGAAUUGGGUGCAGGAAAGGAGCGCGUGGGCAAGGAGAAUGUCAAGUUCCGGAGCAGAUCCGCGGAGGAGCGCACGCCGCGCAAGGUGCGCCGCGCCGUCAAGGUGAUGCACAGUCAUCCGCUGCCGAGGCGGAGGCACGCGGAGAAGGCGCAGCGACAGAAGAGGCGCAGGAAACGGCCCAAAUCCGAUUCCAGCAGCGAUGAGGAGUUCCUGAACCGCGACCAGUUGCGCAUGGCUCUGAAUCGGUCGAUAGAAAGUACGGAGGAUGAUGUGAUUGUCGUACCUGUGGACGUGCCAGUGAUCACCAUUGACGAUGACGACGAGGAGGAGGACGUGCUGAAGCUGCGCCUGGAGGCGCUGCAGUCGAAGCAGGAGCUGAAGGACGAGCUGCCGACGGCUGUGCGACCGGAAGAGGAGACGGAGGAGCAGGAACUGAGGCUGAUUGCGCUGAAGUCCGCCGUGGUGAACAAGCAUGAGGCGAGGAAGAGGCGCAAGAUACAGCAGGAUUGUCCGUAUUCGCCAACAGACGACCUGGACACGGUUGAGAUCGCCUCACCGGCCGAGGCGAAGGCUGACGAGAGCAACAUGGACAUCAGCCCGCUGGACUCGCCGGGUGUGCUUGCGGAGGAGUGCGUGGCCGUCGACAUGGAGAUCUCCAGCGACGCUCCGACGCUGGAAGCGCCGCCGGAAGAGUCUGAGGACGAGAUGACGCUGCGGACGCUGCUCUUGUCGAAGAUAAGUGUGACAAAGAGGGAGGAAGCGACUCCGGAGUCGCCUGAGGUGAGUCUGGAGGAGGAUUGCUUGAGAAGCCUUCUCCUGUCGUCCAUGAAGAAGCCCAAAGUGGCUCAGCAGGAAGUGAUUGUGCCAUUGGAGCGAAAGUCGCAGAUACUCACAGAAAUGCCGACCGUCAAAGUCUCGCCACUCAUCAUCAAUCUGCGCGAGAGUGACUCUGAUCUCGAGGAUGGCCAGGGGAGUGAGCUGGAGAAUGGGCUUUUGAAUGUGGACAACAAGAGUCCGUCGAGUUUGGCCAUGGAGAGUCCCUGUAAUUCGCCAGCCAGUCCUCAUGUGGCGGCCACUGAGGAGCCUACUCCGAAUGCCUUCCAGGAGAAGCUGGAUCUGUUCCUAAAGCGUGCCAGAACGAAUGUGGAGCAGCAGACGGUGGUGCCAAAGAUUGCUAGCCUGCCAAAGACGCCUUUAGCGCUGUCGCAUCUGCCAGUGUCGUCGCAGCUGGAGUACCGGCGGUUGGUGGCGAGGAUGAAUCAUCUGGAGAGGCAGAAGAAGCGUCAGCUUGAGCAGAAGAGUCUUCCGACUGCCAAGAGACUGGCCAUGGAUUCCGACAAGACCGUCCUGAAGACGUGCAACACGAUAAAAGUGGUCGUGCAGAAUGACUUGGAGGCGUCUGCCAAGGCUGAGGUGGCGGAUUUGGCUGUGGUGGUGCGGAAGGAUGAGACGCUGCGGAAGAAGGUGCUGGUGAAGAGCGCCACGGCGGCUGGUGUGAAGAGUGGCGCGAAGAAUGGCGUGAAAUUGCCGGUGAAGCAGGUGAAGAAGGCGGCGGCGAUGCCGGCAAAGGAGGAGGAAUUGCUGGAGAAGUUCCUGCAGAGGAUCACCAAGUUUCCGGCGGAGAAGCAGAAGAAGGCUCUCGAGGCGUAUGAGAAUCACUUCGCCAACACCAGCUCAACAUUCCUCGAGGGACUGGACAAUCUGCUGGUGAUGGUGAGGCGCGUACAGAGUGAGAAGAUCGAGCAGUACCGGCUGCAGGAUGAGCUGAUGAGACUGAGGAAGCAGAUGAGCGCGCUGGAGGACGCUCUGGGGAAGCAGAGGAGUGUGGUGCAGAAGCUGACGCCAAAGAUGACGCUGCAGCACAAGGUGAUACAGAAGCAGCGCAACAAGUGUGUGUCGCUGAACAAGAUGUGCCUGAAGCUGGGCGAGCUGGUCGUGGGGAAGACGUAUCACCUGCCCAGCGACACGAAGAGGAAGUUGAUGGAGAAGUUCAAAGUGUUGACUGUGGAGACGAAGCGUCUCAAGGAGAUUCAGGUGGUAGAUGGCGCGAAGAAGAGCGCCGAGGAGGAGCAGGAGGAAUCUGCGGAGGCUGUGCAGGGGGAGUGGGAGGCGUGCGGCGCCACAUCGACGAGUGGUCAGGCAUCUCACAAUCCCUACAAAUCACCGCUGGACCACAUGAAUUCUCAACCGAAUGCCAAUCCGGACGCCGUGGUGUGUCCAUUUGAUCUCAUGGGCAAGUGUGAGGACUCAGAGUGUCACUACAGUCACCUGAACGAAAGCCGCGAGGCGAGAUAGCAGGAUAGGGAACGCGAGAGGGUCGCGAUGGAAAAUCAUCAAUGACAAUUCCUUCUUUUCUUUCCGCGGGAGUGAAAAGAGAAAGAGAAAAAAAAAAGAAAUGAAACGUACAAAUGCACCAUAUUUUCCUUUAUUUUCCUUCUCACAAAUAAAAUUUAUCUGUACAACUA